AGUCCUAGCUAGAGUAGGCCCCAACACACAACACUGUUUAUGGGCUCCAAAGUUGCCAAUCUCGAGGACACACAAUAAAGAGCAUCAUAUCUCCACCCUUUAAUCUGGCAAUAAAGAACAAAAGCUAAUCUCAAUUUCAAAUCAAAUCCAAUUAUAUUCAUUUUAAACUUGGACUUUUUAUUCCCAAACACAAACCUUUUACACAUUACCUAAGCUUCUAUUCUCAUGCACCCAAAAAGAGUUCUUCAUAACAUAACACCCCAUAUUUUUAUCCCACAACAAAAUCAAAUCCUUUCAAACAACUUACCAAAAAUAAAAUGGCCUUAAGCAACAAUGUCAUAGGAGCCAUAAACUUCCUAGGCAUACUCUUAGCAAUACCGAUUAUCGGUACCGGUAUAUGGCUAAUAAGUGAUCCUGAGAAUUCAUGUAUCAAGAUCUUACAAUGGCCGGUUAUUAUCAUAGGUGCAUUGACACUAAUAGUUGCCCUAGCCGGUUUCGUAGGCGGGUUUUGGCGUAACGCUCCUUUACUAAUAUUUUACCUUAUUGGUAUGCUUAUUAUGAUUAUUUUGUUAGCAUGUUUGGUUGUUUUUGUGUUCAUGGUUACCAAUAGAGGGUCGGGUCACCCGGCCCCUAGCCGGGCUUACUUGGAGUAUCGCCUCGAUAGUUUUUCGGGUUUUCUUCGCCGGAGAGUCAAUGGGCCGUUUAAAUGGGCCGUGAUUAAGAAUUGCUUAAGCUCUACUAGCAUUUGUCCUGAGUUGAACCAAACUUAUACUACGGCUCAAGAUUUCUUCAAUGCUCCUCUUUCUCCUAUACAGACAGGAUGUUGCAAGCCACCAACAGCAUGUGGUUACACAUUCAUAAACCCAACAUUUUGGAUAAGCCCAAUUGACACUGCUGCUGACAUGGAUUGCUUAGCAUGGAACAAUGACCAAACCCAACUUUGCUACUCUUGUGAAUCUUGUAAAGCUGGUUUACUUGCUAGUGUUUCUAGGCAAUGGAGGAAGGCUAAUAUCAUCUUAAUUGUUACUCUAAUCGCGCUUAUUUGUGUUUAUCUUAUUGGUUGUUGUGCUUUUAGGAAUGCCAAAACUGAAGAGAUUUUCCGAAAAUAUAAGCAAGGUUACACAUAAUAAAAUAUGUGACCUAAACCUUUGCUUCGUAUUAAGAUUAAUUGGACAUAUUAUGUUUAGUUUAAGCUACAUUAUGGUUGAUUUGAUAUGAUUUUCUUGUAAUUUCAUUUUAAUUUGUAAUUUUUAUAGUAUUUGUUUUAGAUUUUGCGUAGAUUUUGUGGGAGAAGUGUAAUAUUCUUUUCUUGUGGUGGGGUUUUAUGGGAGACUGAGAAGAGAACUUUUUGAAAGAAUUGUGAUUAUUAUCUCAAUAACGAAAUUUGCGGGUGGUGCCGAAAGGUGGGCAUGCUUCGAUGAUUACAAA